UAACAAAUAACUGAUGAAUGUAGUUUUUUCAGAUAAAAUGGUUGAACCAAGUGCUCCUCCACCCAAUCCUUACGCCGAGCUCUCUAAGAGUGUAACCAAUGCCAUGGAUGAACUCAGUGCAGACACUUCCCUGUAUAUCCCUGACCAGCGCGCUACUGAACUAUUCAGGAUGGAUGACAGCGUGCAAAUAUUCUUUGUCACAGCUGACGGACAUGUCAGCACGUUUUCUGCCCCAGAAUCCUUGCGGAUUUUCCAGUUCCAGGAAUCCAAGGAUGAGAGUUCCCGCGUUUUUCUCCAGGUUGGAGGUUGGACCCAUCCUCUGGUUCCAGGAGCCUCUCCUUGUCUCCAGGCUGAGAAUGGAGCCAUUAUGUUCCCGGAUAUUUACUCUGACCUACCUAACAGUGCUGUCGGGUUGGUUCUUAUUGAUGAUGUAGCUCCAGAGAUAAGAACAGAGCUCAUAGCAAUGCUUCAGCAGCAUACAGCAUUCAAAGGGGAACCACAGGUUCAAGAUUAUCAGUUGGGGGUUUUAGGAAGCUCAAUCGUGAAGGGAGCAGAGGUGCUUACAAAAGGCAUUGGCUACGGGACGUCUAAGGCUGGCCAGUUGAUUGAAUAUGUUUCUGAGAAGAGCCAAGAACGCCUGGCUAAAGGAGAUGAUGAGGCCAAGGUUGGUAGUAUGACCAAACUGACCGUGAACGCUGCAAAACACACGACCAACGCCACUGUCCAAGUUAGUGGAUUUGUUUCCAACCGAGUGGGAAAACUAACUAAAUCUCUGGCAGACUAUUUGGCGAGCAAGGUAGAGAAGCCCCUGGCUGGAUCAGCUGCACCCAGGCAGGGGACAAUGAGCUACCUGGUGGACGCCGCCAGAGGCGGGUUGAUCGCCUAUGGGACCGUGUACAUCAAUCUGGAGUCUAAUGCCAAGGUUCUCGGUACCCAGCUGAAGAACAACACCGUCAAGGUGAUGCAGCACAAGUACGGGUCUGAAACCGGUGAGGUGUUUGGGGAGGCGAUGACGGCGGCGGGUAAUGGUGCUCUUACAUACAUGAACCUUCAGAGCCUAGGGGCUAAGGGGUUAUUGAAGAGUACAGCUAAAGAGACAGGAAAGAGCGUUGUCAAAAAUGUGCUAAAUGUACCUAAGCAAGAAUCUAAAUAGCUACAUAUCUAAAAAUUUACACUAUACAGCAUAACACAUAUAUUUUUCUUAUCUUUUCUUAACAUUUAAGUGAUAAUGAAUACUCAUUACUCAGUCUCCACGAAACAGCUAAACUAUAAAGUAAAUGAACAAGUUAUUUAUCCCCCCCCCCUCCCCUACGGCCUUUUGUGGUUGUUCUUGCUGCUAUAUUGUACCCCAGUAACAAAUGUAUUUUGUAAUCAAACACUUGUCUGAAACUGUAACUUUCGAAUCCCGACAUCUUUGCUACCUAAAACUUUUGAUAUUUCUAACCUCCAAUUUAUCUUGGAGAAUUCAUGGUUUGAAAUAUUUAAGGUCUACGAGAUCUGGCUGCAAAGAUAUUACAAUUAGACAAUUUAGAGUUGGAUGCAAGUGUUCAAUGUCCUUAUAUGUACCCUAAUGUUUUGCUUGCCAGCUUUAAAAUUAAUUAAAAUUAAUCUAUAUUUAUAUAUAAAUAUAUUUCAGA